AUGGCUCAAAACAACAACACUUCACAUUUUGUAGAAGAAUAUCUAGAUGAAGAGAGUCGUAAUUUAGAUAACAAUAACAACAACAGUAACGACGAUGCAUCUGGUGGUCAUGAACAGUAUAUGUUGGAUGACAGCCAAAGCUCGGGUAGUGGAGGCUACCAGAACCACGACCACAUGGUCAACAUGACUCACAUAAAUAACAUGGUUGUCGCUACACCUCGGAGCGAUACUGCUGCUGGAAAGACUGGAGCUGGAGCUGGUGCAGGUGGAGGUACUCCACCAAUCUACUUGUCCAAUUCAUCAUCACCUUCUAAUCUAUCAUCGACACCUAGCAGUCCUGUAAUGGGUGCACUCUCAUUCCGCGAUGGAGAUGAUUCUCCUCAAGACCAAUCGGAUGGUGAAGAUGAUCAUGGUGGAAGAGGUGGAGGUGGCGGAGGUGGAUCCUCAAAGAAACCACCCAAAACACCAAGAGAAAUUAAAAAGGAAAAAGAAAAGAGAAAACAAAAACGAAAGAUUGAUGCUGAAAAGGCAGUACCCUUUCUACAACUCUUUAGAUUCUCUGAUGCGUAUGACAAGACACUUAUGAUUUUUGGAACGAUAGCUGGUAUUGCCAAUGGUGCUGCCAUGCCAAUGGUGUCACUCGUCUUUGGCGAUGUUAUCGAUGUUUUCAAUCCAGCCAAGUUUAAUGCCGAUCCCAACUAUUCGAUAGAGUCUGAAGUUCGUGAUGUCGCACUUUGGUUCCUCUAUCUCGGUAUCAUUGUCUUUGUACUCUCCUAUCUAGAAACUUCACUUUGGACCAUCGCAGGUGAAAGACAAACCAACAAGGCUCGUGUAGAAUAUUUAAAUUCAAUUCUUCGUCAAGAAAUUGGUUGGUUUGAUACCAAUAAAGCUCAUGAAUUGGCUUCUAGAAUUAAUUCUGAUACAAUAUUAUUUCAAGAAGCAAUUGGAGAAAAAGUUGGACAUUUUCUACACAACUUGUCAACAUUUGUUGCAGGUUUUGCAAUUGGAUUUACCAAAGGUUGGCAAUUAACAUUGGUCAUUGCAUCGGUAUCACCACUCUUGGCAAUUGGUGGUGGUAUCAUGGCCAAAAUGAUGACUGAAAUGACUCGUAAGGGUCAACAAGCUUAUGCCGUUGCCGGUGGUAUUGCAGAAGAAUCGAUUGGUUCAAUAAGAACUGUUGCAACCUUUUCAGCAGAAGAUAAAUUUGCAGAAAAGUAUUCACAUAAUUUAAAGGAUGCUUUAAAGAUUGGUUACAAGAAAUCGAUUUACAAUGGAUUUGGACUUGGGUUUGGUCAGUUUGUGAUUCUUGGUACUUAUGCCUUGUCGUUUUGGUAUGGAUCUACUUUGGUGUCCAAGCGUACGACCAAUGAUUUGACAGGUGAGCCAUGGUCGGGUGGAGAUGUCGUAGCCGUGUUUUUCGGUGUUAUUAUCGGUGCCACAGCCAUCGGACAGGCGUCACCAUGUUUGACUAGUUUUGCCAACGGUCGUGGAGCAGCCUGGAAGAUCUUCCAAGUCAUUGAUCGUGUUUCCAAGGCCAAUCCAUUCUCUACACGUGGUAAACGUCCCGAGAAUCUGACGGGAGAGAUUGAAUUUAGAAAUGUUGUCUUUAAUUACCCAUCACGUCCAGAUGUCAAGAUAUUCAACAACUUUAACUUGGUGAUUAAACCAGGUGAGACGAUUGGCUUGGUGGGAGACAGUGGUGGUGGAUAUCAAGCGAUUCAAUGUACGUGCGUUGCGUCAAAAGAUUGGGUUGGUGUCGCAGGAACCGGUGCUAUUCGCGACGACUAUUGCCGAGAAUAUUAG